AUUGGAUUAACAAAUUGGACAACGCUGCUCUUCAGUGAAGAAGUGAAUUUUAAGAGGAAAACUAUCGCUUGAAAAACACUAAUUUUUGUGAACAAUAUAUUAUUUUGGCUACGUCUACUAUACAGUAACGUUUACUGUAGCGUAAAAAUAUGUUGAAAUGGGUUUACGGAUUAUAUCUAGUCUGAACACCUUAAAUAGUUAAAGUAUCAUCGUUUAAUCAUUGGACUAGUGUUAUACUUUCCAGUAAAGCAAUAAUGAUAAAAGGAAAUCAUUGUUAGAAAAAGAUCAAAGCAAAGAUUUUGAGAUAUGUUUCUUCUGGGUCAGAAUCUCGCUUAGGCAAGACACAAAAUAGCACAAUAUCUCGUCGCACGGUAUAAUUAGUUGGACUAGAAAAGGAUGGCAGAUAAAUAUUAUAGACUUGUUUGCUUUGUGGUAGAUAUUUGUGCUGACGUAUUAAGGAAAUAUUUUGUGAAACUUGCAAAAACUGAUGUUGGGAACACUUAUACAUCAGUUGAUGCUUACCUAUCUCACAGAAAUCGGAAUGUGAUGCAAUUAUUCAAUAACAAAAAGCUCAGGAGAGAUCAGUAUGAUUUAUUGUAUCCUGUUAACGGCACUGCUGAUGAAAACCAAUGGGACGUCUCAAUACUGGUAACAUUGAUAACAGAACUUUUUGCCACGCGUCUGCAGCCACUCGUUAUCGUCGCGUUGAAAAAUGAAAUUCGAGGGAUUCGAAAUGAGUUGCAGCAUCACCCAAAUACCGGCACUAUUUCGGACGAUGACUUCGAUGAUUAUUGGGGGCGAUUGGACUCUUCUGUUAGGCUUAUAGCAAUGAAUGCGCUUGAUACAAAUGAUCAAGCAUCCUUACUUGAGAAAAUAAAUCAGGUUAAAUGUAAUCAUCUACCAAAUCUCGGUGAUUGUUUACGUAUUUGGCAUGAAGAAACCUCUAAGCAGUUGUUAAACACUAUGAAUAAAAUGCAGGCAAAUGCCGAAGAAACAACUUCCAUUCUCAGACAAGUGGUGGUCCAAAAACCAGGACCUUCAGGGGACAAAAAUAAAAGAAUAAAAGUUGCUGAUGAUAUUCUGGCACGGCUUCAAGCGGGGUUUGAGUCAACGAUGAAAGAACUAUCAGGCGAUUUUAACCCACCAAGUGAAGUGACAGACAUUCGAGCUAAACUAAGAGAUGGCCAUCACGUGGUUGUAACCGGAUGCAACAAUAGCCGUUAUUUUGAGACCGCUCUUGCAGCAAUAAAGGGGAUGGAUUAUAAUUACAAACGAUGUGUAGAAAUGCACACGUCGUCUGAUUGGCGUCACAUUGAUCCAGAAGAUGUAGACUUGGUUUUAUGUAGAGAUCCAUUUGGAGGAUUUUCUUACGAUGAAAGCAAAGCUAAAGCCAUGGAAGAUAUAUUUAAAAGCAUGAUGCAUUCAACAAAGAGAGAUAAUGACGUUAAAGCCUUGGACAUUGUCAUAAUUACUGACCUGAAUAUAUUGGAAGAGUGCAAAAUGCAUCACGACCACGAAAUCUUAGACGAAGUGGUAAAAGUGUUUACUGAUACAAGUUCAGCACAACCAGCUGAUCUUACAAUAGGAUGUAGACGACAAGGACAAUACGCGCAAUCGUCUUCGCUGCCGGUAACCAGAAAUAAUUUGGGAGCUUUAACGGAAUGUUUCCUGAAGGCUUAUAAGAUAUCCAGUGGUCAAGUAGAUGAUGAGAUAUUUAAAAAAGCAAAGAAAAGUUUCCAAGUAAAUAAGGCUAUAGUACUAACAGGGCGUGAGAAAUGUGGUAAAACUUCUAUAGCUGUUGCAUUGGCGUCUGCCUAUGAGGAACAGCAAUGUUUACUUCUGAAGAAACCACAUGAUAUUGACAAAAUUGACUUCCCAAACAUCUGCUUAGUGAUCAUUGACGAGUUUGCUGGGAAAUAUCGUUAUGAGGAAAAUGAUGUGUACGAAUGGUACAAUAUGUUUGACCACCUGUACAAUACCGUUAUAGCAGGACAGAUGAACGUGAUAAUAACGUGUGAAAAGGAUAAACUAGAAAAAUGUAUCAAAGAAAUUGGACGGCAUGCCAUUCUUGACCACGUGGUGGAUGUAACUUUACAAACAGCUGUCGUUAAAUUAGAAGUAAUUGAACAAUAUGGACAUGUGUCUGGACAGAAAGUCACUACAGAUCAUUAUGUAGGCACCAUAUCAAAUACCAUACAGACUCUGAAUUACACAUCAUCAUUGUUAGCGGACCCGUCACAAGGGCCAAUACCGCUGUCAAGACAUGACACGAUUCCGAUUUCUACAGGAAAUACUUCAAUUUUAGGAAGGGCACAAAUGGAAGGACUAGGAAUUGGACAUGUGUCCGGACAUUUAGUCAAUACAGAUAGUUCUAUAGGCACCAUAUCAAAUGCCACACAGGGACUACACAACAUCAUUGUCAGUGGUACCGUCACAAGGGCCAAUCUUACAGUUAAGUCAUGACAAGAUUUCUACAGGAAAUACUUCACUUCUAGGCAGAGCACAUGUGGAAGGAAUACAAAAUCCAAUGCAAUUGCAAAGAGGUUUCUCUGGAAUGGAAAGGGUAAUACAGACUGAGACAGAUGAUUUGAGUGUAAAGAGAUCGAGGUCAAUGUCGUCAGGUUUAUGGUCAGUCGAAGAGAAACGUGAGAUUAACAUCAGGACCAAUGAUGAUAUUGAGGGUUGUUUCAUUACAGGAAGUUGUAUCAUACCUUCAGGAGAAAUUCUGCUUGCGGAUUACAAUAAUAAAAAGUUGAAGAAACUUGAUAAUAUGUAUAAUGUAAGGUGUGUGUGUGAUCUUUCUCAUAUACCAUAUGAUGUUUGUUAUGUCAGGGAUAAUGUAGCUGUUGUAUCACUGUCGUGGAAGAAACUUCAGUUUGUUGAUACUACACAUAGUAUGACUCUGCUUAAAUCCAUUGAUACAGAUCAUGAGUGUCUUGGUCUGGUUUGUCAUGGCGAUCAGAUGUAUGUAAGAGACUGUUAUGGUUCUGUUUAUAGUUAUAGUACAGAUGGUAUAAAGCAGCAGAUGAUUUAUUUAAUAUCUAGAAACGAAUCAUUUCUUUUUAAUUAUUACAUUUUUAACAAUACAUCACCGAUUACUGUGAGUAAUGAUGGAAGUAAGUUAUACCUACCAGGUCUAAAUGAGCUUGUUACCAUUGACAACAAUGGAAACCAUUUGUUUACAUUAAACAAUGAAGACAUAAAUUUCAAAUGUGGAGUUUGUGUAGAUGAUGAAGGUUUUGUUUAUGUAAAUGAUAUGAAUUGGAAUAUUAUAAAAAUAAGUGAAGAUGGUAGAACUAUACUUCAGGUCAUAACAAACCUAUCUAACUUGACAGGUGGACGUUCUCGUACAUUAACAUUUGAUAGGAAAAAUAAAGCUCUGAUAGAAGCAGGGUGGUCAGACACAAUUAUAGUCUUAAAACUAAGGAAAUAAUGUGAAACUCAAACAAGUUGAAUACAUAGGAUACCGUGAUCAUAUAAUGGACAAUAUUUCCUAAUAUAUAAUACACUUUAUUUUUAACGGCAUAAUGUAUACUUAAAAUAAUUCCUCAUUUGAUGGUGGAACAAACUUGAUUUUUCUGGUUUUACAUCAAUGCAGAGAUAAUGCAAGAUAUAUGUGUUUAUAAACUUUGAUAAUUUGAAGUGCAACAUAAUAAUUUGAUUAUUUAUAUGUUAUCGCCCAUUUUUCUUGUCUGGAAUGGAGUCAAUUAUUCGACACACAUUUCUACAACACUGUAUUUUAUUCAGUUACUGCUAAGAGUUGUUUUAUGUGUGAUCUACCAAUUGAUAUUUCAAUCAUAAUAAAUUAUUUUAUAGAAUAAUUAAAGUGUUUAAAAAGCUUGUAAAGGUUUCAACAAUUAUAUCAAUUAACUAUAGAUAAUGUAAUAUGGACCAAUGUAACUUUUUUCCGUACCAUCUGAAUGUGUCCUUGAAGAAAAUAGUUUUUUAAUCUUUUAAUUGGGGACCACGGGUAUGCUUCUUUAAUAAAUUUAUGUUAG